AUGGCGGCGAAGCCUCCGCCUGCACGACCGCACAUUGGUCUGCACUCAUCAUUCAAUGCAAGAUCUAACGCAGAAUGGGGAGAAGACGAUGUUUGGGAUAGUGGAUCAGACUCUGAAUCACCUCGCCAGUCCACAAUCUCAAACUCGUGGCGGCUCCCUCCUUCCCCAUCAUCAUAUAGGCGCCAGUCAUCUCCGAUAACAGCACCGAAACCAGUCCCUAGACCCCCUAGCAACUCUUCCUCCUCCAAUGUCUCAUUCUCCUACACUCAUCUCAGUGCGCCAAGUCCAGGUUCCUACCCUUCGAAUGCUGCCGAUACCACUCAACCUGCAAAGGGUGGAUGGACAAUGGUUAGAAAAUCUGGCACUUCACAGGAUGCUUUAUGUGCCAAGUUACCCAAAGAUAUUGAUCCAAAUGGCGAUGUAGACGUCGACAGUGACAUGGUCGUAGGGGAUUUCGAGCCAGAAAUGGAGCAGGCCGCUGGCACUGGCAUCAAAGUUAAACCAGACCAAGGUUCCAUCAAAUCUGAUGUUAUCGAGAUUAUGAACGAUCCGUUGCACAGGUUUCUCCGUUCUCCUCAACCACUGCCAGAACCAAGGUUUAAUCAUAGGAUGGGUCACUCUCCACGUUCGAGUGAUGCUGAGAAGCUCCUUCGGGAGAGCUCCAUUCGCACAAACCGACGAAUCAAAUUCAUCGACUGUCUUAGCAAAGAUGAUGUCAAUAUUAGCGAACUCCGUAAAUUAGCUUGGGCGGGUACCCCCAACGAUCUAAGAGCCGCUGUAUGGCCGAUUCUUCUCGGCUACCUUCCCUUGCCAUCAAACCUUCGAGCUUCCACUCUUGCACGGAAGAGAGGAGAAUACUCAUCACUAGUCGAACUAGCGUUCGCUCGGGAUCGUCAAGGGCUCGACCAACAAAUAUGGCAUCAGAUCGAGAUCGACGUACCACGGACGAGACCUGGUGUGCGUUUAUGGAUGCAGGCAUCCACUCAACGUAGUCUCGAAAGAAUUCUCUAUGUCUGGGCAAUACGACACCCAGCAAGUGGAUACGUUCAAGGCAUCAAUGACCUCGUUACCCCAUUCUUCCAGGUUUUCCUUUCCGCUUACAUUGAUUCAGAUCCGGAAGAAUUUGAUACCUCUCUGCUCCCGACGGCUGUCCUGAGUGCUGUCGAAGCAGACUCGUUUUGGUGCUUGUCACGUUUGUUGGACGGCAUCCAGGAUAACUACAUCUCAGCACAACCUGGCAUUCAGCGAAGUGUCAAGCGUAUGGCUGAGCUUGUUGCACGUAUUGAUGCUCCCCUGUAUGCACACCUCGAGUCCCAAAAUGUUGAAUUCAUGCAGUUCGCUUUCCGCUGGAUGAAUUGUCUUCUGAUGCGAGAAAUCAGUGUGAAGAACACGAUCCGCAUGUGGGACACGUAUCUAGCUGAAGGAGCGGAUGCAUUCUCUCAAUUCCACCUUUAUGUAUGCUCUGCAUUCCUCGUCAAGUGGAGCGAAAAGCUCCGGCAAAUGGAUUUCCAGGGUAUCAUCAUGUUCCUGCAAUCCCUCCCGACGCAGGACUGGGGAGACCACGAAAUUGAAAUGCUUCUCAGCGAAGCUUUUGUGCUCAAUUCUAUAUGGCACAACGCUCAAAGUCAUUUUAAUGCUAAAUAG